AAAUUAGUCAGGUACUUGGGGAAUUUUACUGUCUGGGAUGAACGCAACACCAACGUGAAAUACACAAAUUGUGUCUUAAGAAAUACCCUGAUAUGGCUGAAGUGGACAUGGACCCGGAGGUGGCACGGGGUUUGUUUGAAGAGGGGGCUACACUUGUCCUGCUUGACGUGCCCGAAGGAACGGAGUUGGGUAUCGACUACAAGAGUUGGCAGGUUGGCCCUCGCUUCCGUGGCAUAAAGAUGAUUCCUCCAGGGCUUCACUUUCUCCAUUACAGCUCCUCAAAUCCCAAGAGCAUGGGCGGUGAAAUAGGUCCCAAGAUGGGUCUCUUCCUUUCCUUAAAGCCCCGGGAACUUGUUCUGGCCCACUGGGACAGAAAUGAGGAGGAUUUGGACUUUUCUGCUACUCAGAAUGUGGAGGAAGUGGAGCGCGUAAAGGCAGGGCUUCGGGAACUUGACCCUUUCCUGGGACCAUAUCCGUACGACACUUUGCGCAAGUGGGUGUCCCUGACGGACCGCGUCACCCAGGAGGUCGCAGAAGCGCUCCAGCCCUUGAACGGCCGCGUGUGCGCCUUUUGCGACGUGGUGCCCGAGUUGCAGUUGACCCACACUCGGGACCGCGCUGAGCAGAACCUGCCCCGCAACGACACCGCUUGUCAGAACAUGAAAGAAGGGUUGGACAGGCUGCCCCGAAUGAAACAGAGGGAGGGUACCGAGCUGCGCUUCUCUCACAUACCCAAACAAAUGUAUCCUCCCGGGGCAACGCCUGCUCAGAUCACCCAGUGUAGCAUGGAUCUCAGCUACGCCCUCAGCUGCCUUCUGGAGCAGCACUACCCUCAGCAGCCGCUUAACGUACUAGGUGAGCUGCAGUUUGCUUUCGCCUGCUUCCUCCUUGGGAACGUGUAUGACGCUUUCGAGCACUGGAAGAGUUUGCUGUCGGUGCUGUGCCGCUCCGAGGAGGCCAUGCGCACGCACAAGGAGCUGUUCCUGGGUCUCAUCAGCGUGCUGUACCACCAGCUCGGAGAGAUCCCUCCAGACUUCUUUGUGGACAUUGUCUCCCAGAAUAACUUCCUCACGACCACCCUGCAGGACUUUUUCCAGUUCGCCACUGGGCCUGGGAUGGACAGCACGCUUCGGAAGAGGGCGGAGAAGUUCAAAGUUCAUCUGACCAAGAAGUUCCGCUGGGACUUUGAGGCUGACCUUGACGACUGUGCCCCAGUGGUGGUGGAGCUCCCUGAGGGAGUCACUCUGGAGUGAUGUGUGUGUAUGUAUGUGUGUGUCUGUUUGUAUACACAGGCUUGCGUGUGUGUGUGUGUGUGUGUGUGCGCGCGUGUGUGUUUAUCUGUUUGUGUGUGUGUGUGUAUGUCUGUG